UUGUUCACGCACGCGUAUUGGUGGUAUUCCGCUAGGAAUUCUCACCAUUUUCACACCGGUGGAUUGCAAAUCAGAUCGUCAAGCAUGUCAGACGGAGAGGGUUUCGUGGUGCGAGUGAGAGGAUUGCCCUGGUCCUGUUCAGCAGAUGAAGUCCAGAGAUUCUUCUCAGAAUGUAAGAUCGCAAACAACGGCACGAGCAUACACUUCACCUACACAAGGGAAGGGCGGCCGAGCGGAGAGGCGUUUGUGGAGUUUGAAAGCGAGGAAGAUCUCAAGAUCGCAGUGAAGAAGGAUCGAGAAACCAUGGGACACCGUUAUGUAGAAGUCUUCAAAUCCAACAGUGUGGAAAUGGACUGGGUCUUAAAGCACACUGGACCUAACUGUCCAGACACGGCAGGAGACGGCCUGGUCAGACUCCGAGGUCUGCCCUUUGGCUGUAGCAAAGAGGAGAUUGUUCAGUUUUUUGCAGGGUUGGAAAUCGUGCCAAAUGGGAUAACAUUGCCGGUGGACUUCCAGGGGAGGAGUACGGGGGAGGCCUUCGUGCAGUUUGCUUCACAGGAUAUAGCUGAAAAGGCUCUAAAGAAACACAAGGAAAGAAUAGGGCACAGGUACAUAGAGAUUUUCAAGAGCAGCCGCGCGGAGGUGCGUACGCACUACGAGCCGCAGAGGAAGGUGAUGGGGAUGCAGAGGCCGGGACCCUACGACCGGCCGGGCGGCCGCGGCUACAACAGCAUGAGCCGCGGGGUCUCGUUUGAGCGGGUGCGUCGCGGAGGAUAUGGAGGAGAUGGACGUUAUGGGGACGGCGGUUCCUCUUUUCAGAGCACGACCGGUCACUGUGUGCACAUGAGAGGCCUUCCGUACAGAGCCACGGAGACCGACAUCUACAACUUUUUUUCUCCCCUCAACCCAGUGCGCGUGCACGUGGAGAUCGGACCUGACGGGAGAGUAACGGGUGAAGCUGACGUAGAGUUCGCUACGCACGAAGACGCUGUGGCGGCCAUGUCCAAGGACAAAGCUAAUAUGCAACAUCGUUAUGUUGAGCUGUUCCUGAACUCAACAGCAGGGGGCGGCAGCGGUGGAUACGGAGGAAGCCAGUCGUCCUACGGCCACGGCGGUCAGCAGAUGAGCUCCGGGUACAGCGCCGGCGGCGGCUACGGCAACCAGAGCGGGAUGGGAGGAUACGGUGAUUACAUCAGGUAAUCAGGGCGGAAUGGGGAGCAGCUACUACGGCGGUGGAAGCCGAGGGUCGAUGGGGAUGAACGGCCUGAACAGCAGCAUGGGCGGAGGAUGGGGAAUGUAGCCACGCCCACCCCCACCCCCGACCGCCAUCUAAUUAAGCUCCCCGGUUUAAUGUCUCUCCAUGAUUUCAUUUGCUUUCCUUUUGUUAAUUUUAAUUUUUUUAUUUUUAUUGAGCUUAAAUGUUUUACUUAAGUGAAAAGCUUGUAAUAUUAAUUAUUAUAGUUUUUUGUUUUUGUAUUAAAAGUGAAGUACAUUUCUGGACGUUAGUUUAGCAGUGAGAAAGUCAGUCUUUAUUUGCACAUAAAUGACCACGUUUCUCUUCUAAACAUAAGGAAGGAAAAAUGUCCUGGUGUCCAGUGAGACGCUGAUCGUAUCGCACGGUUGUAAGAGAACUAAGGACGUGACUGUACCGUCCAACAGACGCAUGCGAAAAAAAGCGGAAGUGGUCGAUCAUGUCUUUUUUUUUUUUUUUUUUAAACUUUUCUUUCUUUGCUUUUUUUUUUUUUUUUGGAGGAAUAGACGUCUGAUAGACGUCCGGUUUUCCGUUUUUGCACAAACAAGCUGAUGUUUUUUUUAAUUUUUUGCUGGAUCAGUGUUUAUUAAAAUCUGUAUCAUUACAUGAAAAACAUUCGUGAUCGCAACUUGAACUUGUAUCUUUUUAAGAAAACUUCUUUUAGCAUAGUGCUACAAGAUCAGUGUUAGAAUUUUCUUAGACGAUUAUGUAGAAACAUUUCCAUUUGUUUCUGUUACACUUUGCUUUUUCUUAAUUCCUUAUAUGUUUAAAUAACAUCAGAAAGAUGGAAGCUUUGAGGUGAUGCCACAAACAAAACCCUGACUGGUCAGAGUAAAAACAAAAAAGAGAAAAAAAAAGUUAUGCACUGUUUUGUCAUUUUAUUCCGAAAAGAUCAUUAAA